CGAGCACACGUGUGCGUGCGCAGCGGCGGACGAGCGUCGCGUCGCGUCGCAGGACGCGUCAGGCUCGGCGCCUCCGAGCCUCUCGUGCGUCUGCCCGGAGUUCCAGCGAGCGCACGAUGCGGCUCUUCACCGUCUGGACUCUGCUCCUGCUCUUCUGCGGCUCAGGGCUGGCUCUGCAGAUUCAGUGCUACCAGUGUGAGGAGAUGACACACGACUGCUCCAGCCCAGAGUUCAUCGUCAACUGCACCGUGAAUGUGCAGGACAUGUGCCAGAAGGAGGUUCUGGUGAAGGACGACGGGACUCACUACCGCAAGUCCUGCGCCUCCUCCGGAGCGUGCCUCAUCGCCUCUUCUGGCUACCAGCAGUUCUGCACCGGCAAGCUCAGCUCAGUGUGCAUCACCUGCUGCAACACGCCGCUGUGUAACGGACCACGCCAGAAGAAACGCCCCCAGCCGUCCGCCGCCAUCCCCCUGACCGCGCCGCCGCUCCCUGUCUUUUCUCUCUGCAUGCUCCUCCUACUGUCCUGACAGGCCUUCUCACCCUGAGCUAAGCUUUGUACGGUGUUUGUGGUCUUUACGCCCCCGCUUCUUGUCACAGCUUUGCCUCCAGAGUGCAAACACCACAGCACUGGGACUUUUAUUCUCCUGUGUCAUGUCACGUAGCAGUUCACAAGGUGAGGAGGACAGUGCAGUGCAUCACACCGCCUCUAGCUAUCUAUCAGACAGCAGGUGGUUUCCACAUUUGUCUUUAUUUUGCAAGGUCAAAUGAGGCAUAUUGCAGGAAAGAUAAGUAAGUUCAUCACUCAUCCCCUGAGCCUUAGGAAAAUAAAUAACUCCAGGAUUUAUUCCAUAUGAAUACCAUUAACAGUCAAGACGUAUGAUAGGUACGACAUUGAUAUUAUUUAAUGAUUCUGGGAAAAGAUAUGCAGUCGUGACAAAAAAGUAUUCGAUUAAUAAAGAUGUAUGAGUCCUCACAGGUAGCACAUAAUUCCAUGUGACACCGUGCAACAGUCAGAAACACGCAAUGAAGUCACAAAGAAGUUCUGUCCUACCAGAAACUUUACUCUGCUUGUUCUGUAACAGCCAUAACUGUCGGCUCACAAAUACUGUACAUAGAGCUACAAGAGCAUGUUGAAAUAACUAUUUACCGCAGAUUCUUUGCAUCACAAUUCCCUGACAUUAGUAUGGAUUGAGGUGGGCAACAGUGAUGAAGGAAGCAUUUGUUAGGCGACAUCUGGAGCGGCUGUCAGUCUCCAACUCUCCUGGAGUUUAGAAAGAGACUCAAUCUGAAGUUCUUUUUCAUGACAGGAGGAAAUGUGAUGCGCUAAACUGUAAACAUAUGCUAUACGUGUAGUUCAUCAAAUAGUAUUCAGUUGUUUUUUGCUGGUUGGAGCUUUUCUCGCCACAAUAUAUCUUUAUUUGGAAUUGACCUGAAACUUAAAGGUGACCUGUGGAGUUUUCCUGUGAAUUAACACCAUCAUGUCUACAGUGUUUCUCACAAAAAGGCUUUGCAUGUCUAACACACGUGUCUGCGACCGCUCUGUUCAUUCUCUCUUUGCCAAGAGGCGCCAUCAAUGGUCGCAGACCCAAAGGCCUCUGGACGCAAACGGACCGACUUACAACCAUCUACCAACAGCAGGAGAGCGGUGGAACUGAAUGCCGUGCUCCACAGACGGUCAGAAGUUUGCUCACUGGAGGACAAUUUACGUCAAAGUGACGGAGGCAUGGACACACGCUAUUUUUGAUUUAAUUUGGAGGACUCAUGUCUGAUACACAACAACAUGCAGGAUACGACUUUAUUUCUUAUGUCAGUCUACAUAUCAACCAACAUGUACCUUAUUUUUAAGUUGUGUAUUAAGUUCAUGUGCAUUACUGUUCAGCAGGAGAUGUUACAGGAGAUGAUAAAUCUGUUGAAUGUGACCUCAACUUCAGUUUGACAUUUGAAAGGACCCACACUGCGAAACAGUGCUCCACAGCACCACUAGUGGUCAAAAACUCCAUCGGUUUCCUUUAACUGACUCGAUAACGUUGUCAUAUGUCAUGUUAACCAGGGUUAGGGUUAGGGUUAGGCGUGUCGACUGACAGUCAUCUGUUAACGAAAUGUCUGAUUGAACUCUGUGUUUACUGUGUAUAAGAAUAACGCUCUCUUUAUUUCCAAUGGCACAGCAUCAUUGCCCUAGGAGUAAGCAGUUUCUGAAAAAGUUUGUUUUACUGUUUAUUGUGCUGCAAUAAAUUGUACAGCAGAUUAUAUUUCGGUC